AUGAAACUGAUAAGAAUGAAAACAUUGAUGUUUGGUACACCUUGCACCUGUGUGAUCUUCUGCCUAGUAUACUGUAUAAUUUCUCUUAUUAUCUGGCUUAUGUACACGGAUAACUUAUCAAGAGCGACCGUGGACUUUGGGUACUUUUCAAUUGAACAUUUGGGUGAACUGGGAAAAGAAGCCCAUUUGCAAAUGACGAAGAGAGACCUUGUAGAUGCUGAAGAAAGGUUCACUUUAUAUGAAUACAACGCCUGGCUCUCUGAAAGAAUUCCGUUGAAACGAACUCUGGAGGAUUAUAGAGAUGCGAAAUGCCUUAACAUCAGCUACAGUUCGGAGGGAAGGGUUACAGCUAGCAUUAUUAUAGCAACUCAACUGGAACAUCCACAUACUCUGCUGAGGACCAUCCACAGCAUUGAAGCGCAAUCGUCAUCCCACAUUAUCACUGAGAUAAUACUGGUUCAUGAAGGAACUGCCGAUGAAGAUGUGUUUGAGUACAUCGCCAAUAACCUACCUAUGGUAAUACAACUGGAAGUUCACAACUCAAAGGGACUCAUUCACGCUCGUUUGGCCGGAGCUAAGAAAGCGACUGGUGAUGUCCUCAUAUUUCUCAAUUCCCACAUGGAGGUCACGAAGGGUUGGCUUCCUCCGCUACUGGAACCCAUCAUGCUGGACAGAAAAUCAGCCACUCAGCCCGUUAUGGAUGCCAUAUCUAGAGAGACUUUUGCCUACCAAAAGGUGGCAGAGCCUGAACAAAUGGCAUUCGAUUGGCAGUUGGAGCGUAUCUGGUUGCCCUUGGAUCUGUUCUCCAUGAAGAACCUACCAAAUCCAUUCGCAUCCUCCCAACUGGAGGGACGUGUUUUCGCCAUAGAUCGCAAUUGGUUCUGGAAACUGGGCGGAUGGGAUGAGGGUCUCAAGGACAAUGGUGGCGAUGCCCUGGACCUCAGCCUCAAAGUGUGGCAGUGUGGUGGUCGCAUUCUCACGAUUCCCUGUUCUCGUGUAGGACUCAUCUAUAAACGGGAUGAGGCAGAGGCUCAGUUGGCUCCCAAUAGAAAUCGCAAUAAGCAGGUCAAAAAGAACUUUAAAAGGGUUGUGGAUGUAUGGUUCGACGAGUAUAAGCUCCAUUUUUAUCGGUAUAAUCCAAGUUUAAGAAAUCUUUCUGCUGAAUCUUUGGAUGGACCACGAGCUCUACGUCGACGCCUUAAUUGCAAGUCGUUUGGAUGGUACAGAAGCCAAGUGGCGCCUCAAUACAGAAACCAUUAUCUUCAUGCCGGACUUUCCAACUAUGCGAUCGGUAAAAUAAUGUCCUUUGUGACGCCAAAUUAUUGCCUAUCAAUCAAGGGAGACGUUCCAAUCAUGAGGAAAUGCAAUUCAACCAAUUUCGAAGACUGGGCACUGACGCCUAGCUGCCAACUGAAACUUGGUCAGAAGUGUCUGGAUGUGGACUCAAAAAAUAACGUGAAGGUUUCGAGGUGCACCAAAAAGGUACCAGAAUAUCCAUGGCAAUAUAGUUACCAGCACAGGUCAUUUGUUAGUGUUGAAAAAAAAUGUCUGCAAAUUGGUGCAAAGAAGGGCGACCUUAGUUUAAGAACUUGUGACUCAGAAAUGAAGAGCCAACGUUGGAUGUACACUGGGGUGCAGGACUCAAGCCUAGACCACACCUUGGAUGUUUGUUUAAAUGUAAAAAACUAAAUUUUUUAAGCAUACCUAAUUAUUUCAAUCCCAGUUUUAUAUGAAUAAGAUUGCUUACCGAAACUUUUUUCUUUUGAAACUCGUAAUAUAAAUUCUAAGAUAAUUUGUUCGCGUAGUUUACUUUUUGAAAUAUAAAUAAUGUAAAACAAUAAAAAUAAAGGCUUUAAGAAAUCUACACUAAAGAAUGUACUGAUAACGUACCCACCUCAGUUUUCUGCUUAAUUUGUUGCAAAGACUCUGGAAAAUGUUUUUUAACUCUCGCUUAAAUCCUUACACUCC